CAUUUUUAUAAAUUCAACUAUUAUUUUCUCUUCUGGACUAUAUGUAAAUGCCUUUUAUGUGACAUAUCUUAAUCAGGUCAGAACUAAAUAAAAAAUAACAUGCAUUUUGUUUGAUCCCUCUUAUUUUAGUAAAAUAAUUAUCAUUUUGCAAAUUCUGCAAGGUGUACAUACACUUUUGACUUCAACUGUAUGUUUCUGUUAAGUUUGUUUACAUGAGCCUAAACGCAUAGUGAUAUUUGCACAUUGAGAAGAUGGAAAAAUGUUUGGUGCCAUUUUUGUACUUAGGUUUGGGAUAAACAUGUUAUUUUAAAACCUUUUCUUUGUCUGUAUCGUUGAAGUAACUGGUAAAUGUCAAGUGGGCAGAAACAGAACCGGUAAUUUUCUCUUCUCGUUUUGUUUCAAGCUUUCCGUUGUGUGUUUUGAAGGACUUAAUUAAUUGUCAGCCUCUCUGUCUAUGAAUGUGACUGCGUGAUAGUUCUUUCACAUCACUGAACCUCUUUACUGUUAUCAAAGGUGUUUUCUGCAAACUGAUUUUAUUAGGCAUUUAGCUGUAUGGAACCUAAAAAAACAUCAUAUUUUCACCAUAUAGUAUUGCUUUAACUAUUAAUACUCAGUGCCAACCACAUCCAAAUGAUUCCCUAGAGUUAAGUGUUUCGAUUCAUUAACUUGACAGUGGAUAUCAGCAUUAUAUAGGAAGUUAAAUCCCCAAUCCUAAUUGCCCGUAGUCAACAUAAAGCAGGCUGUCGUUUCUCUGUUUGUAAUUUCUGUUGUAAUUCCUACCAUGUCUGUCUUCUUUUAUGACUGUAAGGCACUGUUAUCAAUACUUAAACUCUGGGUUGUUUUUCCAUCAUCAAAUGCCUUCAGGCACUUUUCCUUCAUUCCUAAGUGGUGUUAUUUAUUUAUUUUACCUGUUUUUAAAACACUGGAGAUUAAUUAUGUGCUUUUUGUGAAGGGUUUUGUUCUUAGCUGUAUAUAUCUGACAGGUGCUCUGAUCCAUGCAUUGAUUUAUAUGCUAAUCUCUUUUAUCUUUAAAAUAGUGGUGUUAUGGUGCACUCUAUGCACAUUAAUUAAGUGAUCAGUUGUCAAACCACAGUAAUACAGCUGCGUACUAAUCUUCCAUGUUGACUGGCAUGCAAUUGUUGCAGAUGGUUUUCACUAAUUGUUUCUGGUCAGGUGCAUAUUGGUCCUAACAGGUUGUACAUCUGUGCUCUGUUUGAAUUAUUAAUAAAUCACUCAUGUUUUUGGUUGCGUUGAAAGUCAGUAGAUGUCUUUUGGAAUGUUGUAUUGGAAAUAAACAUGACCAAAUGCUUUAUUACCUCAAGCGUUUGCCUUGUUUUGGACUGAUUUGAAAUUCACUCGGAUACACCUCCAGAAGAUACAGCAGAUGAGUCAGAGAAUACUAGUCAUCGGCUAUGAAUUCGUCACGUCUUGUACCCUGAAAAACAAAAACAGCAUUUGUAUUCACAAGGUUCAUACGUUCAUGUGUGUACAAUUGUCAAAUGAUUUGAAUGAAAUCAUGACUAGAGGCUGUUGUUUGCCUACAUUGUCUUAGUAAAAAAAACUACAUUACAGUAGCCUAAAUUACCGAACUCUUCAAUAAAGAAUAAAUCAAUACUCCGUGGCGAAUCACGUCACCUUAACUUGACCGCGCUUUGCGCGUCGUACUCUCCUGAACUGCGCAUGCGCACAGGCUGCUCAUUCAAGCGAGCAGCGCCCGAAGCUCAAAUGAGCCUCGUUUAGUGCGAUCACCUCAGUUCAGCCUGAGACUCCCACAGACGCGCGUCUCUCCCCGGACUCUGGUGAUACACUGCAUGUGGAUUUACAAAGCACAUUCCUAAACAGGAUUAUUAACUCAACCUGUCAGGCGGACUUGAGGUGCGUGUUUUUCGUAAAAGGAAUACAGCGGGUUCUUUCCAGCUUCAGGAAUGGGAUUAAUGGGAUCGAAGAAAAGUUGGGAAUUGUAGGUCUGGUGCAAUGGAGAGAUAAAGCUCGCCUACGGAGCUCACCAAGGUGGAAGAAGCGGUCAUUCAUAACGAAAGGAAAUGCACAGAGUCUGGGUUCUCCUCAUUGUAAUAGAAGAGGGAUUUGCCCUGGCGCAGAAAAUUAAAGAGACGCAGAAUGCGGGUGAAUCUCUGUCUAACGCUGAGCAGUGCGGCCAGUGGACCCGGAAUAUCAAUGGAGGCCUGUUUACAUCUCCAAACUAUCCUAACUCCUAUCCGCCCAACAAGGAGUGUGUGUACAUCCUAGAAGCUCUCCCUCGGCAGAGAAUUCAGCUGGCCUUUGACAAAACGUAUUAUAUCGAGCCUUCCUUCGAGUGCCGCUUCGACCAUAUUGAGAUAAGGGAUGGUCCCUUUGGUUUUUCCCCUCUUAUUGAUCGCUUCUGUGGGCCAAAGAGUCCAGGCGUGGUCACCUCCACGGGCCGCUUCAUGUGGAUCAAAUUCACCAGUGAUGAGGAGCUUGAAGGCUUAGGCUUCCGCGUCAAAUACACUUUUAUAGCAGACCCAGAUUUUCAUUUGCACGUCGGAGGAUUGCUAAAUCCAAUUCCAGAUUGCCAGUUUGAGAUCAGUGGUUCGGACGGGGUCAUCCGCUCCAGUCAGGUGGAAGAAGAAGAUAAGAUCAAAAAUGGAGACGCGUUGGACUGCAUCUGGACCAUCCGUGCCCCUCCUCACUCCAAGAUAUACCUUCGCUUCCUUGAGUACCAGAUGGAGCACUCGAAUGAGUGCAAGAAGAACUUUGUGGCCGUGUAUGACGGCAGCAGCGCCAUUGAAAACCUGAAGGCCAAGUUCUGCAGCACAGUGGCCAAUGACGUGAUGCUGGAUACCGGCGUGGGCGUCGUGCGCAUGUGGGCCGACGAGAACAGCAGACUCAGCCGUUUCCGAAUGCUCUUCACCUCGUUCGUGGAUCCUCCAUGCUCCAGCAACACCUUUUUCUGUCACAGCAACAUGUGCAUCAACAACUCACUGGUGUGCAAUGGCGUUCAGAACUGCGUUUACCCCUGGGAUGAGAACCACUGCAAGGAGAGAAAGUCCAAAGGUCUCUUUUACCAAAUCACAAAAACGCACGGCACUGUAAUCGGCAUCUCUGCUGGUGUGGUUUUGGUCUUGCUCAUCAUCUCCAUCCUGGUGCAAAUGAAGCAACCCCGUAAGAAAGUAGUGGCCCGUCGGCCGGCGGUCUUCAACAAAGGCGGCUUCCAAGAGGUCUUCGAUCCCCCCAACUAUGAGCUGUUUUCCCUCCGCGACAAGGAGCUAUCGUCAGAUCUGGCCGAGCUGUCGGAUGAACUAGACGGCUACCAUAAGCUGCGGCGCUCCUCCACCAUGUCUCGGUGCAUCCACGAGCACCACUGUGGUACCCAGGCCUCCUCGGGCGGCAGCAUGAAGCAGAGCCGUACCACUCUCAGCUCAAUGGAGCUGUCUUACCACAACGAUUUCUCCAAGCCACCUCCCAUGAAGACCUUUAAUAGCAGCAACACCGGCACAUACAAGAAGAGCUGCUACGGCUACAAACAGACUCACGACUGCGCCGAGCAGGUGAUCGAGGACCGUGUGAUGGAGGAGAUCCCCUGUGAAAUCUAUGUGAGGGGCGGGAGCGUAGGAGGUGCUGCAGGCAGCAUUGGAAGCGGCUGCGGGAGCAUUACCAUCCGUAACCAUGGCAAUGCUCGUAGCAACAACACCACCGUGGUGGACCCGGGACAACGCUCCAUAUCCAUGGACUUCUGAAAUGGUGAAGGAGGACGAGGGAAAACACGAGCCCUGACCACAACUGACUGUGUCCUGCAUUGCUGUUUUUAAUGCAUGGGCUCCAGUGUCAUAUAGACAAGCACGGAGUGCACUGAGUGAACGGACUGUACACGGACAGGCGGAGGAGACGAUGUGUGGAUGGCUAUUUUAAUCUAUGUAAAUUUACAAUGAAAGAUAAACAGUAUGUAGGUUUUGUGUUGUUGCUUGACAUUAACUCACAUUUUGCAUAAUUUGACUUUGUGGAUAACUCAAAUUAUGCUUGAAUAAAGUUGACCUAUUACGAACUGAAGACAAAACCAUUCCCUGCUGUAACCUUAAAAGCCAUACACCAAGGACGAUAAUUAUAAAUUAUUAAUAACAGUUCUAAUUCUAUGAGAAUUGUGAAGUCCACAGCACAACUACACUAAAAACUGCUGUAGAAACAGUUUUUAUUCAGAAAUUGCUAGUGAAUUGUAGGGUUGUCAAACGAUCAAUCACGAUUAAUCGCCUCCAAAAUAAAGGUUUGCAUGUACAUAAUAUACUGUGUACUGUACAUAUUUAUUAUGUAUAUAUAAAUGCACACGCAUACGUGUAUAUGUCUUUAUAUAUAUAUAUAUAUAUAUAUAUAUGUGUGUAUAUAUAUAUAUAUAUAUAUACACAGUAUUAAUUAGUAAUUUUUUUUUUUCUUAAAUAUAUACAUGCGUGUGUGUAUUUUAUAUAUAUAUCUAAUAUACACACAUAUUAUGUAAACACAAAUUUUUAUUUUAGAGGCUAUUAAUCGUGAUUAAUCAUUUGACAGCCCUGGUAAAUUUCAUUAAUAAUUAUAGAAAAUAGCAAGUAACACAUUAAAUGUGAAAUUUAGAAAGACUGAAAGAAUUUUCUUGUAAAACACACUUUAAUUAUCUUUGUUGUAUUAACAACUUAAGAAAAAAAUGUACAGUGCAUAACGAUACAGAGGAACAAUAUUCUUGAAAUCACUUUUACAACAUUUUUUCCAGCUGGUGAACAAUAAUAAGAUUAACAGCCAAUCAGAAACCACCAGACUGUAAAGAGCUUGAGCAUUUAAAGCGGCAGACGACAUAUGUGACCCUGGACCACAAAACCAGUCAGAAGAGCAAAAUUUUUUUAAAUGAGAUUUAUACAUUAACUGGAUAAGCUGAAGGCUGAAUAAACAGGUUUUCAUUGAUGUAUGGUUUGUUAGGACAGGACAAUAUUUGGCCGAGAUACAACUAUUUGAAAAUUCUGGGGGAAAAAAUCAAAAUACUGAGAAAAUCGCCUUUAAAGUUGUCCAAAUUAAGUUCUUAGCA